AUAUUAAACAGAACUUCCUUUGACGAUGAAGAUGACGAAAACAAACGUCACUAACUAACAAAAGCGAUUGAAAGAUAAAUUUUGCUUAAAUUCCAAAUAUUAUUUGAAUUUGAACGCAACAUCAGAUCCAUCAUUCGAAGCUAACAACCAUGGCGGAAUCCAAAAUCAAUCAUCAAUCUUUGCUGCAAUUUGCACCGAUGCAGAGCUCUGUCGAUGAAGGCUUCUGGCAUAAGUUGUCUUCUUUGAAGCUCAAUAAACUUGGCAUUGAUGAUUCUCCAAUACCCAUAACUGGUUUCUAUGCACCUUGCUCACACCCACGAGUAUCAAAUUAUUUAACUCUUUUAGCUGAGUCAUUACCUUCUGAAUCAAGUGAAGCAUCACUAAUACCAGAACCAAGCCAUGGAAACAGGAACAGGUGUUCUGUUCCAGGGAUACUUUACAACACUAAUACUGUGGAGAGCUUUAGUGCACUUGAUAUACAGAAUCUGUUAAAGGAAGAGGCAAGAAAGAUAUGGGAUGAUAUUCAAUCAGGAAGAGCUGUGGAGGACUGUUCAGUACUCUCAAGAUUCCUUGUUAUUUCUUUUGCUGACCUGAAAAAGUGGAGUUUCCACUACUGGUUUGCAUUCCCUGCUCUCAUGCUUGAUCCUCCUGCAACUUUGGUUAAUUUAAGUCCAGCUUCUCAGUGGUUGAGCAUCGAAGAGGCAGAAUCCCUCUCUGCAGCCUGUAAUGAGUGGCGUGGUUCAAAAUCAACGGCAGAUAUCCCAUUCUUUUUAGUAACUAUAGAUCCAAAUUCACGUGCUACUGUUAGGCUUCUGAAGGACUGGGAAGCUUGUCAGAGCGAUGAUCACAAGAUCCUAUUUGGAUUUUAUGACCCGUGUCAUCUCCCUAAUAAUCCUGGAUGGCCUCUGCGCAACUUGUUAGCACUUAUUUCUGCAAAGUGGAAUCUCAAGUCUGUUCAAUUUUUCUGCUAUAGAGAGAACCGUGGUUUUGCUGAUAUGAGCUUGUCUCUUGUUGGUGAAGCAUUGAUAACUGUUCCACAAGGGUGGAAAGAUGCUAUACCUAAUGCAGUUGGCUGGGAACUUAAUAAUAAGGGGAAAAAAGGACCUAGGCGUAUUAGCCUUGCACAGUCCAUGGAUCCUACCAGGUUGGCCGUAUCUGCUGCAGAUUUGAAUUUAAAGCUUAUGAGGUGGCGUGCUUUGCCAUCUCUGGACUUGAGUGUUUUGUCUUCCCUCAGGUGUCUUCUCCUCGGAGCAGGCACACUUGGAUGCCAGGUUGCACGCAUGCUUAUGGCGUGGGGUGUCCGGAAAAUUACUCUAGUCGACAAUGGCAAGGUGGCUAUGUCUAAUCCAUUGAGGCAGUCUCUUUAUACUUUGGAUAACUGUCUUAAUGGUGGAGAGUUUAAAGCUACAGCAGCAGUUGAAAGUCUCAAACGGAUAUUUCCAGCAGUGGAAGCGGAAGGCAUUGUUAUGGCUAUACCAAUGCCUGGACACCCGAUUGAUAGCAAGAAUCAGGAUAGCGUGAUCAAUGAUUGCAGACGUUUGCACGAUUUGAUUGAUUCUCAUGAUGCAGUUUUUUUAUUGACAGAUACAAGGGAAAGUCGAUGGCUCCCGACACUUCUCUGUGCCAAUGCUAACAAGAUUACCAUGACUGCAGCACUAGGGUUUGAAAGUUUCUUGGUGAUGCGCCACGGAGCUGGUCCUUUCAGUAGUGCCGGUGACUUGAGUGCAGAAACAGCUAAUUCUUCAUCUUCUGAUUCGUGUGGAAAGGAUGCAAAUGGGAAACAUAGAUUGGGAUGCUAUUUCUGUAACGAUGUUGUUGCGCCAACCGAUUCAACAUCGAACCGCACUUUGGACCAGCAAUGUACUGUAACCCGACCGGGGCUAGCUCCUAUUGCAUCCGCCCUUGCUGUUGAACUUUUAGUAGGGAUUUUGCAUCACCCUCAAGGGAUAUUUGCAGAGGCUGAUAUUAACAACAGUGUCAGUGGAGCUUCUGAGAACCCUCUUGGCAUUUUACCGCAUCAGAUUCGCGGUUCCCUUUCUCAAUUUUCUCAAAUGAGCCUCAUAGGUUACUCCUCUUCCAGCUGCACAGCCUGUUGCCAUACAGUUGUAUCCGAAUAUCGGAACCGAGGAAUGGAGUUCAUACUUGAAGCAAUUAAUCAUCCUACAUACUUAGAGGAUGUCACUGGACUAACAGAGUUAAUAAAAUCAGCCACCAAAUUCUCAUUGGAUUGGGACAAGGAAAUAGAUAAUGAAGACGAGGAUGAAGAUUGUUUUGAAAUAUGAAACAUAACAAUUAGUCAGUUGUACAUAAACUAAUCUGAGCAAUCAUUUGCCCAUGUCAACAGUUGCUUCAUUGGUAGGACAAUGCAUAGAUGCAUUUCCUUAGGUACAUUUUGCGCCGUUCCUUACUUAAAUAUUCAUAACUACCAUGAUUUCGUCAAAUCCGUUUUUAGAAGUUCGUUAUAACCACAAAAAUUGUAUUUUAAGUUAAGAACACCACAAAAAGUACCUAAGGAAAUGCAUUUGAGUUUUGCCUGCUUGUUGGUAUACUUUGUCAAAUGUACAAAACUGAAUUUACAUUCUUUAAUUUAAUUUCAAUAAUUUGAACUACUUGACUACAAUACACAACAUAAUGUUUGGUUUUUUCUCUUAAAUUCUCUUGAAUUUUUUUUCUUCCUAA